GGUCGCGCAGGGUCCUUUCGUCCCGCCUGUUGUCCAGGGUGUCCAGAAAACGAGGAGUCUAUCUGGUGGGGAUGAACGAGAAGAGGGGAGCCGGGUGAGGUACCGUCUUCCAGGAGGAUCCUCAGUCCAAGAACGGACAGCCCGCUUACACGACCACCGCCCUCGUUGGGGAAGAAACCCCGGCUCAAGAAGAAAACGAGGUAUAAGCUCGACUCGGAUCGUUUGUAUUAUGCCGUCGGGGUCCGUCAUGUCUGUCAGCCUAACUGCCGCCUGCCUGUCUACCAUAGCUGCAAGAUUCGGUUUAAGAAUGUACGACCUUCCGGACUGGGGAGUGUUGGAUUUCGGAGCGGUUGCCAUCUUCGUCCUGCUCAUAUGGCUCACAGAACUGAGGUGGCACAAGUCCAAGUUUUGCGGUGUGCGAACAACAAAGCCCUUGACGAUAAAAGACGUCCCUGGGCCCAAAGCCCUUCCAAUCAUCGGAACUAGAUGGAUCUACUACGGUAAAUUCAAACUGACUAAAAUCCACGAGGCCUACCAAGAGCUGUUCAAAAGAUAUGGCCGGAUCGUGAGGGAAGAAGCGAUUUGGAACUACCCAGUCAUCAGCAUCAUGGACGGAGCAGACAUUGAGAAAGUUCUGCGCCAUGUCAGCCGAUACCCGAUGCGUCCACCGACAGAAGUCAUCGCCUUCUACAGGGCUUCCAGGCCAGACCGCUACACUAAUCUCGGUAUUAUUAAUGAACAAGGUGAAUCUUGGCAGAAGCUGCGAAGCCUGCUCACCCCAGAACUGACUUCAGCGAGGACGAUGAACAGAUUCUUCCCAGAGUUGAACAGCGUCGCUGACGACUUUAACCAGCUCCUGCUUCAUUCAAGGGAAGAGGGCACUGGGCUUAUCAAGGGAUUUGAUGAACUCGCAUGCAGAAUGGGACUCGAGAGUACGUGUACGUUGAUACUUGGAAAAAGGCUUGGGUUUCUGGAUGCCGAUGUGAGCCCACUCGCCAAAAAACUGGCCGAAGCAGUCAAAGACCAGUUUUGCGCCUCGAGGGACACUUUCUUUGGACUGCCUUUCUGGAAAAUUUUCCCGACACCCGCUUAUAAAAAAUUCAUGAGUAGUGAAGAUACAAUUUACGAUAUAAUAUCUGAAAUGGUUGAAAAUGCGGAAAAACUAGAACAAGAUACUUGCGACAUAGAUGCAAUGAGGAGUGUGUUCAUGGCAAUAUUGAAAGCUGAAGGACUAGAUUUAAGGGAUAAAAAGGCUGGAAUUAUUGAUUUUAUUGCAGCAGGGAUUAAAACACUUGGCAAUACACUAGUAUUUCUGCUUUAUCUCAUUGCAAAGAAUAAGCACUGCCAAGAGAAACUUUACGAGGAGGUUAACCAGCUUGCUCCAAAUGGUUCAGCUCUGGAUCUUCACACUUUAAAAGAGGCUCAUUAUCUCAGAGCUUGCAUCAUGGAAGCAUUCAGAAUACUCCCCACAGCGCCAUGUGUGGCGCGCAUCCUUGAAACAGACAUGGAACUGAGUGGUUACCAUCUUCAACCAGGGUCUGUUGUGCUUUGUCAUACUUGGCUGGCCUGCUUAGAAGAGUCGAACUUCAAGAACGCCAAAACUUUUAUGCCCGAAAGGUGGCUUGGCAAAGACUCCUCAUGUUCAGGCCAUUCCCAUCCGUUCCUAGUCGUGCCGUUUGGCGUAGGAAGAAGGAUGUGCCCCGGAAAGAGGUUUGUUGAACUUGAACUUCAGGUUGUUCUUGCACAGACUGUAAGGCAGUUUGAAAUAGAGUUUGACGGCGAGUUGAGGCUCGAAUUUGAAUUUCUUCUUGCUCCCAAAUCACCGGCCAACUUCAGGCUGAAGGAGCGACAAUGAAAUAGGACGAGUUGAGCUUUCCAAGGUAAAUAAUUAAAUGCCAAAAGUGAUCCAAAACGGGUAAAUUUAGGAUGGGCAAUAUAGAUAUUUGAUCCCGUCAUUUUCUUUCUUAAUUAUUAUUUUUUUUAUUAUGACAAUGAAUAUUUUAAUAUUCAAUAUAUUUACAAAAAUGUGAUUUUUUUUGUAGAAACUAAGAAAAAAUCUUUCAUAAAUAUUAGUAUAAAAAGAAAAUGUAUAAAUAAAAAUUGGAAAUUAGACUGUGUUUUUUCUAUUCAGUAAUUUGUACAUUUCUCUUAGAUAAAGGUAUAAUACAGUAUUUUUAUAUUUA